AUGGAGAAGCGAGAAACUAAGGAAGGUGGUGGGACGACCCAGCAGCCGCACGUGACGGGGAUGAGGCCGGUGACGAAGGAAGCCUAUGGCGGUGGGAUGUAUGCGGCCAACGAGACUACUGGGAUGAAGAAAAGGGAAGGGCAGCCGCCGGCUAGCGAUACGCAGAGCGCCGACGGACCAGUGGAGAAGCCGGCGGUGGAGCUGAAGCAUCCGCCGCCACCGUCUACGGGGGACCGAGACCUGGAUAUUACUGGCCAGUCUUACAUUCAGUAA